GCCCUCACUCUCCCUCCUCCGAUCACCACCCACACAUGCCCCUGCUCAUUAUGUCAUUUGGUCAUGUAACAGGUGAUAACAAUCCAGUAUCAGAGACUGCACACAUAAUUAACAUCAUGUUAUCAUUUCCAUUGUGAAGAUUUUACAUUGUGUGGGAUAUGAAUGUGUUUCAUUCUGUCCAUUGGAUGUUUCAUUUACAACCUGUAGGUUUCAUCACAUUCCUACCCAAAUCUGUCAUGUGCUGUAACUCAAAAACUAUUGUACAAGUAUUGAGAAUUGUCAAUUUGGUCAUUUAGUCAUUUAUCUUUUAUUUAUGUCAGGAACACACCCCCUGAUAUUUUAAAAGUGUUUAUGGAACACAUUGUAGACAGUGGCAUGGCAUGAAAAACUGCUGGGCUAAACAAAUUACAUUGUUAACUACUUUAUACUGCUAGUCUAGUAGUCUAUGAAACUGAAACAGAACAAAAAGUUAGAUGAUUAUGGUAAUAGUUAUUUUUGUUCAUCUUUAACCUUCAUUUAGGAUAAGAUUUUUGUUAGACAAUUAGCAAUCUUAAGUACAUUAUAAGUUGGGAAUAAAUCUGAAAUAAUUUAUAACUUAUUUCAGAUUUAUUCCCAAUGAAGUAAAUCAUUUUGCAUGGGUUAUGCUAAAUUGAAAUGCACACAUUAUAUAAACUAUUUAUGCUUAAUCUGGUAAUGCUGCAGUGCUGUAUCAGGUAGUAGUUGGGAAGGGACAACCAGGAGUAUGGUAUGCUUUCAUUGCCAAAAUCUCUAGCAAAUAUUAUUGAGUGGCAAUUCCAGCAUCAGCAUCCUAUUUACAUGGAUUUGUGAAAAAGUGGGUUAAUAUAAUUUAAAUUAAUAGUUUUCAACUUACAUCUGGCAGUGGUAUAUCAUUUUAUCCUGCAAGAGGGCAGAAGAGGCUACUGCAAAUCGAAUGUUGCAUAUUCAAGGGACAUAUUUUCAACUGACAAACUCUUCUGUCUUGCAAGUUUCUAAAGUCGACUCCUAUUACAGCAGGUUUAAAUUCACUGAAACUUUAAUAACAAAAAUGCAGAAUACUGUAUAGGUACUGUACACUUAAAUAAUAUAUUAACUAAACAAAGAGAUUUGAAUUCUGAAGGGAAGAAUUUUUACAGGGUAAGCAAUGCUUACGUGCUUCUUAGGAUUACACACCACUGUGUUUUAUCAGCCUUGCAGGAUUGACAUCUAAUACUUUCUGACAAUAGUAAAUUACACUCUUAAUAUUCUCAAGGAUAAUGGCAAAAUACUGUAUGUAAGUAAAAUGUACAGUUGCCCACAGGUAUAGGGUUCCACCCCUUGGUAGCUUUUCUGAACGUGUGGCUAACAAUAUAUUUUUGGGGGCAAUAUUUGUAGUGUAUUGGAAAUUUGCGUCACAUGUUUGGUUUGGCCGCCAAGAGGUGGAGCACUAUACCUGUGGACAACUGUACACUUAUCCUUCAUGAUACUGGUCAGUCAUAUAACCUGUGGUAGCCUCACUCUCAUCUUCUAUGAUUCUCUCUUAAGAUUUAGCUUACUGUGGACACUUCUGGAAUCCUCAUGAAUCAAUUAAUAACUAUCUGCCUCGACCUUUGACUGAUCUGGACAAAAGCUGUAAUGGGUUAGUGAGGCUCUACAUAAAUUUAAUUGGGUUCAGUAAUCAGAGGCAGUCACUGAAAACAUUUCAACACAUGGCUAGUACUGUAGUCUGAGAAACAAAAGACUCCAUUCACUGAUGAAGAUAAUUGACUGAUUUGGGGUAAAUUAAAAAAAGUGUUGAUGUUAUUAAGAUUCUAAUUACAGUACAGUACUGUGUAUGUGCAAAGUGUAGGUACUGUACAUCACCUCAAAUGUAACUGGUGUCCAGUAUGGUAUUAGUCUGAUCAUGUUUCCACAACCUUAAUGAUGGUGUUAAUAUUCAUAAUGGAGCAUCUGUCUCCCCAGAAUAUAAAUUAUUAGAAAAAUUUGUCCUUUUUUUAUUAUUAUUGUUCUUUUUACAUCUUUUUCUACUACGUGAAGUAUAAAGGUGAUUGUGUGUAAUAUUAUGGUAUAAAUUGGUGUGAUAAUGGAUGAUAAUGAACAUUUGGCCUCUAACUGAACUCUCAAGAGUCUCGAGUAAUGAUGAUGCUCUUCAAUAAAGUCAAAACCACUGAUUUCUUCAUUGUAUAUAACACAACAAAUUGAAUGAAGUGUUCAGCAUCUAAUUAUCUUUAUUGUCAGUGGUUAAGCUUCCCUUUGUGUCUGUGAAUAGCAUUUCAUUUCAUACAUGAACAUUAACGUGUGUAUGUUGCAUAAGCCUGUUUAAGAAAAUUAAAUAGGGUGACUGUGCCUGGACCUAGCAAGUGUUGACACCUGGAAGUGGUUACACUCAGGAUGCUUACAGUUUUCCUGGCUUACUUGGUGUCUGCAUUGCGCUUCACAGUUGCCGCUGGACUUACACUUCUGAAGCGAUGGUUGAAAUUGACGACUCCUGUGACAUGCCAUUGUCAGAACAGAGUACGGGAAAAAGUGGUCAUUGUCACUGGCUCCAGCAGUGGUAUUGGCCAUUCUACAGCGCUUGAUCUGGCCAAAAAAGGUGCAGUUGUUUACUUGGCAUUCCGUAAUCACAAGGCUGGAGACAAGGCCGUAAAGAAGCUGCGCAAAGCAACUGGAAAUCAGGCUGUUUAUUUUUUGCAUCUUGAUCUUACUGAUUUCUCCUCUAUACGAGUAUUUGUCGAGGCGUUCUUAAAAUGUGAACGUCGGCUGGAUGCUCUGGUCAACAACGCUGCUGUAUUUCAUCACCCAGCAGGCUUAACUUGUAAUGAGAUUGAGAUUACCUACCAAACAAACUACCUUGGUGUAGUCCUUCUGACCACCUUGCUACUGAAUGUCAUAGAGCGUCCACCUGAAACUCGUGUUGUAUUUGUCACAUCUGAGGCCCAUAAGUUAGCGUCACCAGAAGAAUUGAUUCUCUUCAAUCCUAAACAAUCAAGAGAGUUGGAGACAUUUGCUGAUCAUGUGAAGAACUAUGGCAUCUCAAAAUUGGCCUUACAUCUCUUUGCUCAACAUCUCAGUCAAACAGUACCAGGAGUAUCAGUGGCAUUAGUUGAUCCAGGGAAUGUUUGGACUCCCAUCUAUCGUCACUCCUGGCAGUCGUGGAGCGAGAUAUUUACCCGUAUAAAUUGUUUCAUUUUCAUGAGAGGCGUGGAAGAAGGGGCACAGUCAACCAUACAUGCACUUAAUGCUCCACAUCUAGUGAAUGGAGUAUACAUUAACAACCAUCUGGAUAGUGAAGAUAUGCAGAGCUACAACAGUGAGACAGUUCAGCAGCUCAUGACCACUUCCUCAGUGUUAGUUGGUCUACCACAGGGCAGUCUGUCAGCAGCUUGAUGCAGCGCUGCCGACCUCCAGUAAAAGUAGCAACUGAUGUGCCAUACCUACUUAGUGUAAGAUAAAUUGUGCAAUGAAAUAUAUUUUUGUGUUCCAUCAA